AUGGAGACCGUCAACACAAGUGAUCGAUUGGCGCAGCUGCGACAGCUGAUGAAGGAGCAUAAAGUAGACAUAUACGUUGUACCGUCUGAAGAUAGCCAUUCCUCCGAAUACAUCGCCGCGUGCGAUGGCAGGCGCGAGUUCAUAUCUGGUUUCAGCGGUUCCGCGGGCUGCGCAGUGAUCACCCACGACAAGGCGACGCUCGCGACAGACGGCAGAUACUUCAACCAGGCUUCUCGGCAGCUCGACAAGAACUGGCAUCUCCUCAAGCAGGGCAUCCAGGACGUCCCGACAUGGCAAGAGUGGUCCGCGGACGAGUCGGCGGGAGGCAAGGUCGUCGGCAUAGACCCAACCCUGAUCUCAGGGUCGGCCGCUAAGAAGCUUCAGGAGAAAGUCCAGAAAGCUGGCGGCUCGGACUUCGUCGCCGUGGCCGAGAACCUGGUGGACAAGGUCUGGGGCAGUGAUCGACCUGCGCGGCCUUCCGAGCCGGUCGUUGUCUUGGCGGAGGAGCAUGCUGGGAAGGAUACCAAGACCAAGCUUUCCGAGCUACGGAAGGAGCUGGAGAAGAAGAAGUCGGCUGGUUUCGUCGCUUCUGUGCUCGACGAGAUUGCUUGGCUCUACAACCUCCGCGGAAGCGACAUUCCCUAUAACCCAGUCUUCUUCUCCUACAGCAUCAUCACACCUGACUCAGCGACCCUGUAUGUGGACGAGUCCAAGCUCAGCAAGGAGUGCCAAAGCUACUUGUCUGAGAAUAGCAUCGCGAUCAAGCCUUAUGACAAGAUCUUUGAGGAUGCCAAGUCGCUCAGCCAGUCGGUGGAGACCAAGGGUGAAGGCGAGGAGGUCACGGCUGUCCAGAAGUUCUUCAUCUCUAACAAGACAUCCUGGGCGCUGAAGCUGGCACUGGGAGGUGACAAGUUCGUCGAGGAAAUCCGGAGCCCGAUUGGUGAUGCCAAAGCGAUCAAGAACGACACCGAGCUGGAAGGGAUGAGGCAGUGCCACAUCAGAGAUGGUGCAGCGCUGACCGAGUACUUUGCAUGGCUGGAGGAUCAACUAGUCAACAAGAAGGUCACAAUGGACGAGGUCACAGCGGCUGACAAGCUCGAGGCGCUGCGGGCAAAACAGGACAAGUUUGUCGGGCUCUCGUUUGACACUAUCUCUGCUACGGGACCAAAUGGUGCUGUCAUCCACUACAGCCCCGAGAGAGGCAAUUGCGCCGUCAUCGAUCCCAACGCCACUUAUCUGUGCGACUCGGGCGCACAGUAUCUAGACGGCACCACGGAUACGACUCGCACGCUACACUUUGGAACACCGACAGAGGAGCAGCGACACACCUUUACGUUGGUGCUCAAGGGCCAUAUUGCCCUGGGAACGGCCGUCUUCCCGAAAGGCACGACUGGAUUCGCGCUGGACUGCUUGGCGAGGCAAUUUCUCUGGCAAGAGGGUCUCGACUAUCGACAUGGCACUGGUCAUGGUGUCGGUUCCUAUCUCAACGUGCACGAGGGUCCGAUUGGCAUUGGCACUCGCAAACAAUACUCGGAGGUCGCUCUCAGCGCUGGAAAUGUGCUUUCCAAUGAGCCUGGCUACUACGUGGACGGUUCGUACGGUAUCCGGACUGAGAACAUGGUGCUGGUCAAGGAGGUCAAGACGAAGAACUCGUUUGGCGAUAAGCCGUACCUCGGCUUCGAGAACGUCACGAUGGUGCCGUACUGCCGCAAGCUCAUCGACGUGAGCAUGCUGACGGAGAGUGAGAAGAAGUGGCUCAACAAUCACCACGCUGACGUGCUGGCCAAGCUCAAGGGUUUCUUCGAGGGUGACGAGCUCACAAUGGCGUGGCUGAAGAGAGAGACGGAGCCGUUCUGA